AUGGCAGCACCCACGGCAGCCCAGCUGGAGCUCAUCAACUCCCUCUCUCAAGAAGAGAUCCCCAUCAAGCUCCGAUGCGCUAUUUGCAGCAAGUUAGCCGUCAGCGCGUUCCGCCUGCCAUGCUGCGACCAGGCUAUUUGCGAGACUUGCCAGUCAACCCUUCCAUCUUCAUGCCCGGUCUGCGAACAUACGCCCGUUGCAGCCGCAGACUGCAAGCCUCAUAAGUCCCUGCGCACCACAAUCAAAGUAUUCUUACGGACUGAAGAGAAGAAGCGCGAGGCUGCGCGCAUGAAGGAGGAAAAGAACUCGCCUCCUCCUUCAACUCCGGCUCCUCUUGCGGAAACACCCGCACUUGGGGAGGAGGCUGUCAUACAAACCAGCAAAGAGGCUGACGGUAGUGAUGAAGUCAAAAUGGAGUCCGCGCCUGCUUCAAUGGACCCGGAAUUUUCAAAGCCAGAGAAAUCAGAAGAUCCAACAGGGGAUCAGCAGGAUGUUCCUCAACCCUCGAUCGAAGAGAUUGCCCCAGAACAAGAACCUACCACCCAUACCGAAGCUAACAAAGUAGAAGGCGCUACGAAAGGAAACGGAGAGGACACCAAGAGCCAACUCAAUUUACAGGGAGUCUCUCAGGCACCUGGCUUUAGUACCGGCUUUGGCUUCGACCAGUCUGCUGCAGGAGGCUUCCCGGGAAUGGGAUUCGGAGCAGAUUACAAUCAAAUGCAAAUGAUGAUGGCCAUGCAAAACGGCAUGACACCUGGUGGAUUUGGUAACUUUCCCAUGAUGGGCAUGCCGGGUAUGGGUAUGGAUCCGAUGAUGAUGCAGAACAUGAUCAUGAAUGGUGGAUAUGGAGGAGGGAUGAACGGCAUGGGUAUGGGCAUGGGUUUCGAGGGGGUUGCUGGACAAGGGUUGAAUAAUUGGAACGGUCAACAAACUUGGAAUGUCGCCAAUAAUUUCAAUCAUAAUGCCGCCAGCAUGGGCCACGGUGAAUAUGGCACUAACAACUCUGGAUACCCUUCUCAAGCUGCAGGUUUUAACCAAGGUAAUCAUUACGGUGGCCCCAACCAGUACAACAACCACCAGAACGACUUUGGUUCCUUCCGAGGUCGAGGUAGGGGCCGUGGUGGUUACAACCGAGGGAGUGGUUACGGCCACGGCCAGAACGAACCUUUCUCACACCAAAUACCACAGGGUUUCGGCGCGGGCCAGCAACAAAACGGGCCUGUUCCCGUUGUUUCUACAGGCUCGGCCCCGACUGGAAAAAAUACGGAAAUAGGAAACGUCGACAAAUACGGCAGAGAAAUACGCCCUAAAUCCAACUCAGCUGAACCUACCGCCAAGCCUAUCGAGGAUGAGAACACUGUGAAGGAGACUGGUGCUACUGCCGAAGCUGUAAUCGAACCUGAUGUAGCCACAGAUGCAGUUCUAACCGAGAAACCGAUUCCGGAAACUGCUUUACCGAUGCCCAUCCAGACCUUGGACGAUAUUAAUUCGUACCAAUAUGGUGGCCACACUGAUGCAUACAACAUGAAUGGUUAUGGCGGAUAUCCCCAAGGCAACUCGUAUGGAGGACCAGGUGCGGGUUUCAUGCAACCUCAUAUUGUGAAGCCGGUUGAUGUUCCCAUCAAUGCCCCUACAGGUCCCAAGGCCAUGCGCCAAGGACUACCUAAUACAGGUCUCUCUGGUUUGCGCACACAAGGAUUCUCGAUUGCCGGUCGAACGAGCUCGAAGCCGAGUGGCAGUGUUAGCGCGAGCAUUGCUCCGGAGCCUUCUGAGAAAGGAGACGGAGACAGGGAGCGAACUAGAUCUCUUUCCACAGGCAGAGACCGAGGCAGAGAGGGGGAGACAUCACGGGAUAGAGAUGGUAGGAAAAAAUCUCGAAGCAGAGACCGUGAGAGUAAGAGACAUCGACAUCGUUCCGUUGAGCCCAGUGAAGACGAGAAGGAGACUGAGAGACGUCGGGAGCGUAGGAGAGAGCGCAGACGUCGGAGAGAAGAAGAUGAUGUCGCUGCCGGGGGCCCAGUCGAAGACAAGCUCGAUGAUGGGAAGGGUGACGUUGUGAAAGAAGACAGAUCUAGAUCUGCCUCGCCGUCCGAUUCCAAGCGAACAAGCCACCGAAGCCGACGUGAUAGAGAUAAGUACUAUGACCGAGAGAGCGAGAGAGACCACAAGUCGUCGUCCACACAUAAGCACCGCUCAUCCCAUAGAAGCCGCAACGAAGAUAGGGACCGCUCGAGAGACAGGGAUCGUUCGAGAGGCAGAGACCGUUCGAGAGGCAGAGACCGGGAGCGCGAGCACAGACAUCGCCACGGCCGCCAGCAUUCUGAAGAUCGCGAAUCUCGGUCUCAAGCUCAAUCCAAAACCGAAGUUGAUGCUCCAUUAAAUACCCUUCUCGGGCCAGACCCCGGCCGAGCCUCGACAGCCACGAAAGGUAUCGAAAUCAAAGGCGUCAGCUCCAAACGCAAGAAUGUUUUCGAAGACGUCCAGAAGAAUAUUCCCACGGGACCUCGUCAAGACCGCCCGCCAACCGCCCCGUCCUCACGAGAUCGGGAUUACGACAAGUCCAAGGAUAAAUCCAGCAGCAGCCGUAACCAAGGUGAGGAAUCACGCCAUGAUUCGUCUUCGCGGCGCGACUCCACCAAGCCUAAAGACUCAAGCUCAUCUCAAGCAUCGAAGUCAAAAGCUCUUCCUAAUGCAACACCAAGCAAAGACCCGCACGAGCUUGAGCGUGAGGCACGUAACCGAGAGCGCCUGUUGAAGGAGGCGCAAAGAAUCGCUGGAUUAGCGGGCGGCUUUGCGAGAAAGAGGAGCAGAGAUGAAGGGGAUGAGAAUAUCGAGAACCGGGGGAGGAAUGGGAAGAAGGGACGGAAGGGGAGACGGGGCACUGGUGGGGGCGAGGAUGAAGAGGCGAGGAUUUCGAGGUUGGAGGCUGAGAGGGAGAGCGCUAGGUGGGGUUGA